AAUUUGAUGUCAUCCAUUUUUAAAAUGAAUUCUCUUGAUCUUAAUCUAUAUGUAUUUAACUAUAUAAUGUGUAAGGGUUAACUACAAUACAAACCGAGACCUGGUUAUAUAUACAUAUAUAUAUAUGUAGAUUUAUAUUUACAUAAACUAUCCGUAGAAAUUCUCUGCGUUAUUAGUCAAAAACAAUCGAAAAAAACAGAAAUUAAAAAAAAAAAAACAGUAGUUGAAACAGAUUGUCAGUGGUUGAACAUGAUUAAUAAAUAGAAUUUUUAUUGUUUUGUGUGUGUGUGCAAAAUUUAGAGUUUACAUUUUUUGUUUCAACUCGUACGAUAUUGCGAAUGUGUAUAAAUUUUUGAAUUUUGACACCUAGUGGGAAGAAGAGCUGCAGGUACAAAAGAGGUGCAGCCCUGGUAGAAACUAUCGAUAGAGUUCGAGCACGGCACAGCUGGCGAACAGUGCUGUGUAGCCCUGGUAAUGCAAGCAGCCAACCACAAUUUGUUGUUAUUUUUUAUUUGUUACACAAAACUUUAAAAUAUAUUUACUUAUUUAUUUUAAAUAUGCUUUGGUGCAACGGAAACUCAGCUGAUACAAUUUUACAUUAAAUAAGGGAGACCGCGGUGCAGCGGAGCCAUCAUGAAGAUGGGCAUGGGCUACACAGUACUCUCGCGGUUGCGAACCCUGGCACGCUACACAAUCGCCUAUGCUUGUAUAACUCAUUGUACGUUUGAGUAUGUGGGGGACUUCGUUUUGUGCAAAGGUCCUUCGAUGGAGCCAACGCUGUUUUCCGAUAAUGUACUGCUAACGGAACGUUUGUCAAAAUAUUGGCGCAAGUAUCAAUCUGGCGAUAUUAUAAUUGCCGUUUCGCCCGUUAAUGCUAGCCAAUAUAUAUGCAAGAGAAUUGUGGCCGUGUCUGGUGAGAAGAUAACUACCCUUAAGCCCACUCCAAUAGAGGCCGAAACGGCGGCAAAGCAGCCGACUGAAGUUAAAAUGGUCACAGAUUAUGUGCCUCAUGGUUGUGUUUGGAUCGAAGGCGAUAAUAAAAGUAAUAGCUCGGAUUCGCGCUAUUAUGGACCCAUACCGCUCGGUCUAAUACGUAGCCGAGUCGUCUGCCGCAUAUGGCCACUCUCAGAACUAACAGGCCUCUGAUCACCACCUACGGCAAGAGACAAAUUUAUAGUUAUCUCUAAUUUUAUUGUAAAUUAACGACCAGUAUAAAUAAGAUAAAAAUGUUAUUGAUGAA